AUGGACAAAGAACGUCAGUUUGUUAGCCAAUAUCCACAGCUCGGUGACUUGGAUAAAGUUGGCAUAGUGGAACGCCGUCGAAUCUUCGGCGAAGUGGAAGCUACAAUUCCUCAACGUCAACUACCAUCAGAUGUCAAUGAUUCUACAGUGUCAGUUAAAGAAUUUACAAUCAGAGGUCGAGAUGGAUAUGAUAUUCCUGUACGGGGCUACAUUCCCGCGGCAAGUGCCCCAGAAGCCGGCCGUCCUCUUCUGAUUUAUCUGCACGCUGGAGGCUUCUUGUUCGGAGACUUGGAAAGCGGUGAUUUGAACUGUCGAGUACUUGCUACGAGGUUAAACAUUAGCAUAUUGAAUGUAGGAUACCGUCUGGCACCAGAAUGGUUAUUCCCACAUGGUGUGAACGACAGCUACGAUGCGACAGAAUGGGCAGCAGCCAACGCAGGAGAGGCACUGAAUUGCUCCCCAACAGCCGGCUUCCUUGUUGGGGGUAUAUCUGCUGGGGCGAAUUUCGCCGGAGUUAUUGCGUAUACGGCUCGUGAUGCUGGUCUUUCUCCUCCAAUCACUGGUCUUUGGAUCUCAAUUCCAGUGUGCAUUAUGCCACAGGCGUACGACCUUGUUCCACAAUGGAAAGAUCAAUUGCUCAGUUUGGAGCAGAACGCAGAAAACCCUUUGCUGACACGAAAGUCUCUUACGGAUAUCCAAGAUCUAUAUGGUUCACCCCCCGGCGAUGUUCGAAUUUCGUUUCUGUUAAAUGAAAACCAUAAGAACCUUCCAGUUCGUGCUUAUUUUCAGAUUUGCGGCAGAGACCCACUGCGUGACGAAGCUUUCCUAUGGCAAAAACUGCUAGAAAAGCAUUCCGGCACUAAAUACAAGAUUCAUCUGUAUUCAGGACUUCCUCAUGGCUUCUGGAGAUUUUUGCAACUAAAAGCUAGCCAGGAGUGGCUGGAUGAUGUGGUUGAGGGUAUUGGUUUUUUGUCUGCCCCUCAAGAUGCAGAUACCUCUUCGGAGAUAGGUUUGAAGGUAAAAGGACUUUGA